UCUGUGUUUCCUGCACACAUGAGCCGCCUUGUUGUUCAGCUUCUUACAGUACGGCAUACAUACAUAUGUAUCGCUAACAUCCACUGGAAGCAAUCGUUGCUUUACAUUGCAUAGUACUCUGUGAUACUGAUCCAGUCCAUAUAAGACGGCUAAUACUAUAGUUCCAAAGCUUUGGUGUUGAACUAGAUCUACAUAUGUACUUAUUCACUACCCAUAUGUAGUAUUGCUCAUCCUCUGUUGGCUGUCUAAUGAAUCAUACUAGUGUAAACGUAGUUGUUCCUAUCACUCGAUUGAUCCAUCCGCGCACCACACAUCGAGCAAUCAUCGAUAGCAAUCAAUCAAUUGCAAUAAGAACAGUUGUCUCUUCGUUUGUGUGCGGGUUAUUGCACAUUCGAGUAACGCAGGCAGAUUGAUAAAUAAUAGAUGGCAAAGCAUUCACCGUUCACGCGAAACGGCAGACCUUGCCCCUCAUAGUACAUUGGUAUAGCGAAAUAAAUCAUUUGAAUAUGUAAGCUAGGAGUCGUAUACUGUUGCAGAUUAGUUUUAUCUUGAUCUGCCUCGUCGCGUUGCACAAGGCCAUCGGCUCGCGUCAACAAUUAUCCGGCGCUAAGAGACCGUAGCUGCCAAGCAUAACCGCAUGUAAGACGUGCCCGCCGUUCUCAGCAACCACCCUACCGACAAAGAACCUACAUCGCCAGCAUCACCUUCGACUUCUUCCUCGCGCACAAAGGCGACUUCUCCAUCUUCCCUCCGAACUUCCACAAUCACUAUUCUCACAGACAUACCUGCGCAGAGGCGGCCAUCUCUCCGUCCAAGCGGAGCAACGCUGUUGCGCCUCUCAACAUGAACAACCAACACAACUUCGCUGCCUUGCCUGCGGGCUCCGCACCCAACGGUGCUACACCCAACGGUGCUCCUACAGCCAACGCUCCGCCUCGGAGAAGGCCGCGUGCUGGAGCUGAUCCGCUACGUGCUCCUCGGAGGCCGCUCAAGACCAUCAGCCGCCCCGUCACGUCUCUCGUCACCCUCAACAAGACGAAGCGGCAGUAUAAUGCUCCGAGUGCCAUCGGUCAAAACUCCGACAAACCCAAGACCGCCGAGGAAUUCCGCAAUGAGUCUCUUUCCCAAGGCGCCCGCUCGUAUCCCCUUGUUGUCUCGCGUAAAGACCUCGUCGGCCUGCGCCAUCACGUCAUGAGGCUUCGAUCCCGACACCACAUUAACCCUCGGGAUGAGAGGCAUUUCACCCCGCCUGUCCGCCUCCACCGCCGGGAUCCACGCGCUCCUCCGAGCGGUGCUGGUGCACAUUUCUCCGAAGACGAAGACACGAAGGAGGAUAUCGAAGAGAGCAAGGAGCGCGAGCGGCUGGAGAUACUUCGGGAAGAGAGGCGCAAGGUUAGGGAAGAGAAUCAAGCCCAGAUUGCUCCAACCGGUGUCAAGAAGCAGCAAGCUUUCCAGAAAAAGACUGAACAAAAAUAUCGUCCCGAUGAUACGCCAGAAGCUAGGAAGCGCUCGGCACUCCGGUACGAAGAGACUCUUCCUUGGCAUCUGGAAGAUUUCGACAACAAGCAGACAUGGACCGGAGUCUACGAGUCAACGCUAUCAGAUGCGCAUGUCAUGCUAUCUGCACAGCCCGACUCGAGUAUCAAGAUGAUUCCAUUGGAGAAAUGGUAUCGAUUCCAAGCCAAGACAAAAGCCAAGUCAACCGAAGAUCCCGACUUAGUGAAGCACAAAGCCUCCACUUAUUUCCGGAAACUAGAAGACAAGGCCCGGAACAUCAAAGCAGAGGAACAGGCAAAGAAGGACAGGGGUCUUACUGGAAUUCGAUCACGUAUCGGUGAUGGCUCUGACAACAAGCGCUUGAUCCAAGAAAAGAUCGAGAACGGGGAAUACAUCAAGCCCGAGGCAGACGGAGACGACAUCGACUUCAAUGUGGAGGAAGAUUUCGCAGACGAUGAAGAAGGUCUGAACGGCCUGUUUGAGGGCGAAGAGGUCGAUGUGAAAGAAGCCGCUGAGAAGGUGAAGCGCGACCAGCUUGCUGCUGCAGCAUUCGACGCGCAGGACGAGAAAGAUGUUGACCAGCAGGAAAAGCUCGAGAAAGAGUUGCAGGAGCGCGGGAGGCAGCUGGAGAAAGCUCUUCGUAAGAGUCUAGUCAAGCGCGAGAAGAAUAUCGACUAUGAAGACGAUGGUGAUGAUAAUCCUUACGAGAGCUCCAGCGACUCCGAGGAAUCUGAUAGUGAGAAAAAGGCUGCGACCGUCGAGGGUGAGGACAAGGAAAAGGAAAAGGAGACCGAGAAAGAAAAAGAAAGGGAGAAAGAGAAAGACAGACCAGCCAAGCUGGAUCGUGCAACUCCGCAGCCGGUCGUCAAGAGAAAGCGACCCGAGUCGCCGACCUCGCGUGAACACAGUGUUGAGGCCAAGAAACAAAAGAUCGACGUAUCUGGUCGAGCCUCUCCUGCUCAUGUCUCUGGCCGCGCUUCACCUGCCCACGUCUCUGGCCGAGCUUCUCCAGCUCACGUAUCUGGCCGCGCUUCUCCAGUCUUGGGUCCCUCCGCCCCGGGCGGUUUCCCUACGGCGCUUGAGAUCUACAAUGCUCUUCCCAAAGAAGGCAUUGGAAUGGGAGAAUUCAUCAAGAUGUUCAAGAGCAGAGUUGGCCAAGCGAACACUGCCGAAUUCAUCAAGAGUGUCAAGGUGGUGGCUAAAUUCGACAUGAAGCGUCGUUGGCUCACACCAAUGAAAGAAGCUCCCGCAGGCCCUUAG